ACGUGGGAGAGGGCACAAGGAGAGCGGAGAGAGAGGAGAGAGAGGAGAGAGAGGCGUCGUCGACGUUUGCACUGAGGCAGCUGGAGAAGUCUGGGCAGAGAAAGAGAGAGAGAGAGAGAGAGAAAGAGGCGGGAGUUUGAACUGAGGCAGAGAGAGAAGCCAGGCGAGCCUUGCAAGAAGGAGACUUGGGAAGGAGGCCCCCUUUCCUGCUUCCCCGAUGAGCGCCGUGGCUGCCGCCGCUGCCCUGGACGGCUUGGACUCCCUCUCGUGCUUCCGCCACUGGCCGCUGGAGCCGGGCAACUUCUACGAGGCCAAGGCGGGCGAGGGGCUUCCGCUGGGUCCUUCGUGCAAGGCCUCGGGCGGCGGCGUGAGCGCCGUGGAGGACGACGAAGACGAGGAGCAGCCCACGCACCACCAGCACCAGCGCCGGGACUUGGCGGAGCUGAGCGCGGCGGCGCCGGCCAUGUACGAGGACGAGAGCGCCAUCGACUUCAGCUCCUACAUCGACUCCAUGGCGGCGGCCGUGCCCACGCUGGAGCUGUGCCACGACGAGCUCUUCGCCGACCUCUUCAACAGCAACCACCACCCGCACGGGAAGGGCGUCCCCGGGGAGUACCUUCCUCCUCCGCCCCCGACCCUUCCUCCUCCUCCUCCGGGUCCGGGCGCGGGGCUCCUCCUCCAGGCCAGCGUGCCCCCGGGGCCCCUCCGCGGCGCCGUCAAGCAGGAGCCCGACUGGGGCGAGCUGCCCUCCGAGUCGCUCCUUCCCUCGCAGAUCGCCGCCUGCGCCCAGACGGUGGUCAGCCUCAGCGGGCAGCCCACGCCGCCCACUUCCCCGGAGCCCGCCCCGGGCAGCGCCUCGCCCUCCAGCUACAGCACCCGCUCCUCCUCGUCGUCGUCCUCGUCGUCGUCUCCGGGGCUCGGGAAGGAGCGGGCCGGGAAGAAGUGCGUGGACCGCUUCAGCCCCGAGUACCGCCAGCGCCGGGAGCGCAACAACAUCGCCGUGCGGAAGAGCCGCGACAAGGCCAAGCGCCGCAACCAGGAGAUGCAGCAGAAGCUGCUCGAGCUCACCGCCGAGAACGAGCGGCUCCACAAGCGCGUCGAGCAGCUCAGCCGCGACCUCAGCCAAGUCCGGCACUACUUCAAGCAGAUGCCCUCCGGGUCCUUCCUCCACAGCCACGCCGCCACCCCCAGCAACAGCAACAGCAGCGCCAAGGACUGCCGGUAACGCCACAGCCCCCCCCUCUCUUUCCCCCCUUGCUUGGACUCUCGGGGGCUCCCUCCGCAAAAGAAUACCUCAGAAAAAGACUUGGCGCACAGGCUGCGCCCUUGUCGGGGGGGGAGGCGUGGGUCGAGGGACUCUCCCAGGGGGGCAAAGGCCUCCUCUCGCAAACACUGUUGGGGCUGGAAGGGAAUGGCCUGGAGGAGAGAAGCCUGCCUCACCCCCAGAAGACUCUGCCAAAGCUGCGCCCACAGACUCCCUUUGCCUCCCCAGCCUUCUUUCCUCUCCAAAGAGGGCAAAAACGCCACAGACUGGGAGGCCGAAAGCUGUGCCCACGGACUCUCCUCCUCUUGGUGCCUUCCUUCCUCUUCGAUGAAGGCAAAAACAUCACAGACUGGGAGGCCAAACUGUGCCCACAAACUCUCCUCUUGGUGCCUUCUUUCCUCACCAAAGAGGGCAAAAACAUCACAGACAGGAAGGCCAAAGUUGUGCCCACAGACCCUCCUUCUCUUGGUGCCUUCUUUCCUCUUCAGAGAAGGCAAAAACAUCACAGACUGGGGAGGCCAAUGCUGUGCCCACAGACUCCCUUUGCCUCCUCUGCCACCUUUCCUCUCUGAAGAGGGCAAAAACAUCACCAACUGGGAGGCCAAAGGCAUGCCAACAGACUCUCUUUGCCUCAGCAGCCUUCUUUCCUCUCUAAAGAGGGAAAAAUACUACAGACUGAGAGGCCAAUGCUGUGUCCUACAGACUCUCUUCUCUUGGUGCCUUCUUUCCUCUCUGAAGAGGACAACUUCAGACUGGAAGGCCAAAGCUGUGCCCACAGACUCUCCUCAUUGUGCCUUAUUUCCUCUCCAAAGAGGGCAAAAACGUCACAGACUGGAAGGCCAAAGCUUCACCCACAGACUCUCCUCUUGGUGCCUUCUUUCUUCUCCAAAGAGGACAAUAACUUAGAUUGGGAGGCCACAAACUGGGAUGGGAAGGGGGACUGGGGUCAGCAUGGGGAAGGCUCGCCAAAACUGUGCCAGCAGAGCCUCCCUCUCUUGUAUGUGCCUUUUUUCCUCUCCAAGGAGGGUAGAAACAUGUCACUGAGAAACCAAGCUGGUGUUGGCUCACAUGUGCCUUUCUGUUUUUGUCCAUUGGGAGUGGAGGGAGGCAGACAGUGCCCAAAGUGUGCCAACAGACCCUACUUCUCUUUGGUGGGCCUUUUUCUCUCUCCAAGGAGGGCAGAAACAUCUCAUUAGAAAAGCAGAAACAUGAGAGUUUUGCAAAAACCAGUGUUGGCACACACAUGCUCAUUUUUGUCCUUCUUGGAGGAAGGUUGUACUAAAAGUGUUCCCACAGACUCCCAAUGUCUUUGCCUCCCCUUUCUCCUCCAAAGAGGGCAAAAACUUCUCCCUGGGAGACCCAAAGUAUCACAUGUAGUAUGGCACAUAAAGGGGAGUCUGUGCCAAAGGUGUGCCAAUAGAUUCUUGUCUCUCUCUCUCCUGUGUCUUUCCAAAGAGGGCAAAACUUUUCCCUGGGAGACUCAAAAAGCUGCACAUACUAUGGCACAUAAAGGGGAGUCUGUGCUAAAGGUGUGCCAAUAGAUUGUCAUCUCUCUUUCCUGUGUCUUUCCAAAGAGGGCAAAAACUUCUCACCUGGUCACAUGCCUUUCUGUUUUUUUUGGGGGUGGGGGGGGUUGCCUCUUUUGGAACGGGCUGAGCUUGGGUCUUGGAAACCACAAAACUUGCCAAAAAGGGUGAAAAAAAAGCUAGACUUCUCUUUCCUUCCUAAAUUAUUUUUGUAAUGAUACUUGUUGUUUUCUACAUCUCAUAUUGCUGCAGCUAAGGUACUUUGUAAAAUACGUCCCCUCCUUCUCCCCCGAAAUGAUUUUCGUUUUAUAUAUAUAUGUUUUUACAGCAUUUCUAAAAAUAAAAUAAAAAACCUUUGAAAUGUA